GCCGGCGUCGCCGGAAGUUUGGUGUUUCUGCGCUGCGGGAGAGGCGGAGGUGGCGGCAGAAGCAGCUGAGUGCCUCCUGAUACCCGGAUGUGAGACGUUUUGCUGGCUCGCUUCGGACCCUCGGCCAGGAGUGAGGAAGAUUAAUAACCAAACACCCAGGAAGUUAUUAAAAGCAUCAUCCAUCAACUUGAAGAAAAAAGUUAUAUGUGAUUUUUAUUUCAGUAAGGUGCUGUGUAAUGUGUUAAAAGGAAAUUAUAAGGAAUGAUUUUGUCAAAGUUUCAUGAGUUAUGGUGGCUAAAAGGUCAAUUCUGUCUUGUGGGAAAGGAACUAAAUGGCAGCACAAAAGGAUAUCUAUAUUAAUAGAGUAUUUUAUUAAACAGAAGAGGUUAGAUAAGAACUUUAAACCAACAGACUCAGCAAACAAGGAAAGAAACGUGUUAGCUGUAAGACAUGUUUCCAGAGACUCAAAGGCCCGUAACUGUAGACUUCAGAAGAAAAAAGUUUUCAAAAACUUUGUCAAAACAGACAGAUCAGUGAUAAAUAACUCCUCCAGUAAUAGGGCUAGGCCUAAAAACUAAUAUUAAUUGAAAAAUUAAUAAAUCAAACUUGAAUUAAAUUUUUUAAUAAAAAGUCCUAAAAAUAUCAGAUUAGAUUUAAAUUUUCCUCAAAUUUCUAUUGCCUUGUCUAAAGUAAAGCAAAUAUCUUUCAGCCUUCAUGCCAGCUUUUUUGAUGUCACAGGGAUGACAUAAAUCUUAGCAAACUAGUAUUUUUGUUGAAAAUGUGUAUCAGUAUCAGUUGAAGUUGGUUUUUAGGAUCUGCUCCUCAGUAAUAAUUCUAGAUAUUCAACAUUUACACCUGUCAGGACACCAAAACUACUCAGAAAAGGAGGACCUUACUCAGGAAUGAUGUCCAUUCAGGAGAAAUCAAAAGAAAAUUCCUCCAGUGUUAUUAAAAAGAGCGAAGAUAAGAAUCUAGAAUCAGAAAUUCAAGGUUCUCAAAAGAGUCUAGCAAAAAAAUCAGGUCCAAAGGAAGCUAUACAAUCACUAGUUAAAUCUUCCAAUGAAAAUAAAAUAAAUCAACCUGAAUUAGGAACAUGUAUGAGUACAAGGUCAGCAUCCAGUGGUAAAAAAGCUAGUAAAUCCAUUAAUAAAAAUAUGGUGACUGUAAAGGGACAUUCACAACAAGAAUCUAUAAAAAAGAAGAAAUUAUCUCAGAAAAAAUCAAUGCACGAAACCCCUAAAUCAAAUGAACAGCUUAACCGGAGAUCACAAAGACUACAACAGUUAACAGAGGUUUCAACAAGGUCUCUGCGUAGCAGAGAAAUUCAAGGUCAAGUUCAAGUAGUUAAACAGAGUUUGCCAUCAGCAAGGAAAGAGCACUGUAGCAAUACUCAAAGUAAAUCUAAUAAAGUUAAAACAAAUCAGAAACAUGUGAAAAGAAAAGUAUUGGAAAUAAAGUCUGAUUCUAAAGAGGAUGAAAAUUCAGUAAUUAAUGAAGUAAUAAAUUCCCCAAAAGGAAAAAAACGCAAAGUAGAGCAUCAGACAGCUUAUCCUUGUAGUUCUCAGUGUAUAAAAGGAUCUGAAAAGUGUCUUCAGAAUACUAGAAAACAGGAAACAAAACCUGUGCCUGUAACAACUUCUGAGAUAAAAAGGUCAAAAAAGGCUACUUCAGUGGUCUCUAAAAAGAAUGAGAUGAAAAAGUCAGUUCACACACAAGUGAAUACUAGUGCAAAAUCCCAAAAAAGUUCACAGCCAUCAGUGCCUGAACAAAGUGUAGAUAAAGAGCUGGAACAAGCAGGAAAGAGCAAACGAGGGAGCAUUCUCCAGCUCUGUGAAGAAAUUGCUGGUGAAAUUGAGUCAGAUACUGUAGAGGUAAAAAAGGAAUCUUCACAAAUGGAAAAUACAAAGGAGGAGAAGCCUACAGAAAUAAAAUUGGAAGAGACUGAUACUGAAAGACAGAUACUUCAUCAGAAGGAAACAAAUCAGGAUGUUCAAUGUAAUCGUUUCUUCCCCAGUAGAAAAACAAAGCCCGUGAAAUGUAUACUAAAUGGAAUUAACAGCUCAACUAAAAAGAACUCCAACUGGACUAAAAUUAAACUCUCAAAAUUUAAUUCUGUGCAGCAAAAUAAAUUAGACUCUCAAAUUGCCCCUAAAUUGGGCUUAUUACAAACCAGCUUUUCACUACCAGCAUUAGAAAUGCAUCAUCCAGUGACUCAUGGUACAUUUUUAGGAUCAGAACCACAUGAUGACAAAAAUAAAGCUUGCCAGCGGGAAGAAAUGAAAGAAAUUAAUUCUGAAGAAGUUAAAAUUAAUGAUACUACAGUUGAAAUUAAUAAAGCCACAAAAAGGCCUCCUGAAAAUUGUCAUUUGGAUAAUCAAAUAAAACCACCUCCGGACCCACCGUUGGAUAACCAGAUGAAAGAUUCUUUUCAAUCAACACCAGAUAAGGAUUGCAGCCUGUGUUUGGAAUCUAAGCUUGAAAACAAUCCAUUGGAAAAUACCACUACUGUUUCAGCUCUGCUUAAUCAAGCAAAAGUUGAUACAGGGGAGAGUAAAUUUCCAGGUUCAGCUCCCAAACAGCACAGUAUAAUCAAUAAUCAGACAUCUAAGAUCAGUGAUAACAGGGCGACACCACCAAAUCAUUCUUGGCCUAAGUGUGAUUCGCAUUUGGAGAUAACAAUUCCGAAAGACUUGAAACUAAAAGAGUCAGAGAAAGCUGAUGAAAAACAGUUGAUCAUAGAUGCAGGACAGAAAAGAUUUGGAGCAGUUUCCUGUAAUGUUUGUGGCAUGCUUUACACAGCUUCAAAUCCAGAAGAUGAAACACAGCAUCUGCUCUUCCACAACCAGUUUAUAAGUGCUGUAAAAUAUGUGGGCUGGAAAAAGGAAAGAAUUCUGGCUGAAUAUCCUGAUGGCAGGAUAAUAAUGGUUCUUCCUGAAGACCCAAAGUAUGCUCUGAAAAAGGUUGACGAGAUUAGAGAAAUGGUUGAUAAUGAUUUAGGAUUCCAACAGGCUCCACUAAUGUGCUAUUCCAGAACGAAAACACUUCUGUUUAUUUCUAAUGACAAAAAGGUAGUUGGUUGCCUAAUUGCAGAACAUAUCCAAUGGGGCUACAGAGUUAUAGAAGAAAAACUUCCAGUUAUCAGGUCAGAAGAAGAAAAAGUCAGAUUUGAAAGGCAGAAAGCCUGGUGCUGCUCAACAUUGCCAGAGCCUGCCAUCUGCGGAAUUAGUCGAAUAUGGGUGUUCAGCAUGAUGCGCCGGAAGAAAAUUGCUUCUCGCAUGAUUGAAUGCCUAAGGAGUAACUUUAUAUAUGGCUCAUAUUUGAGUAAAGAAGAAAUUGCUUUCUCAGAUCCUACUCCUGAUGGAAAACUGUUCGCAACACAGUACUGUGGCACUGGUCAGUUUCUGGUAUAUAAUUUUAUUAAUGGACAAAAUAGCACCUAAACUAAAUUCAUGCCUACAGUAUCAGAAGACAUCUACUGAAGAGAAUGGAUUGGUUGCUGACUUUAACCAGGAACUAGGGCCAUUUUUAUUACAAUGAACUCAGGACUGGCAACAACCAUAAGGUUGUUCCAUUUUCAUAAAAAUUGGAAAAAAUGCAGUAAUUGCUUAUUGUUGUUUUGUUUUUUAAAGAAGAUAUUUUAUUAUCUUUUACAGAAAUUUAUGAUUGAUGUAUUUUAUCUAUAGUUAUUUAGACAUGUUUACAUGCAGCAGAUAAUUGUUCAUAGUGGACUGAAAACUAAUGCAAGGACUAUGGUCUCAGUGAUAAGUAUAUUUUGAAGUUCUUAAUUAUGGAAAUAUACCAGUGUAGCUUGGUACUGUAUUUUUUUAUAUUGAUCUCUGAUACCAGUUAUAGUUUUAAAGAUUGUAUUUUCAGAGUGGAAACCAAUGUUUUUGCAUUAUUAUUCAAAAAGGGUCAAUGUUACGUGUUUAGGAAUUCAAGGCUAAUUCUUAAACGACCUGAAAUAUACUUUAAAGGAAUCCUCACAGAAAAGUAAAGCUCCCUUAGCCAGGAGAAUUUGAACUAUUGCGCUUUUCCUUCCAUUUCUCUCCUUCCUACUCUUAUGAUGGCAGGAAGAGGUGGAAGGUGGGAAAGAACUGAAGCUUUCCUUCCUGGAGAGCUAUAAAUGACUAGAAUUAGAAUGGUACCCUCUCAUUUAUUAUUCUUUCAUUCUGGUUUCACUUUUUAAAGUAAAGGGCAACUUGGCACACUUAGGCUAUUAACAAAUCCCAAAAGGGUUUAUAAAAAUCUGUGGAAUAGUUGCAAGCUAAAUAUGGAUGACUUGGUAUCUGCUUUGUUACUCCUCAGAAAUACUACACUGGGUAUAUGCCCUCAUUAGUGGACUUCAUUUUGAUACUUGUCUAUCCUUCAUAGUGCCCUCUACUUUUAAAGGGUUUAUAUGUUGAAAAACUGCUGUGGCCUUUUAUGACCUGUAUAUAAUGUAGAGUAAAAUAAUAAAAUACUUGAUAGCUUUUUCUAAGUGAUAAAUGUGAUAAUGGUGUGUUGUUACUGUGUUUUUUUCAGGGAGUUUGUUAGGUUUGAUACCUUGAAAUAAGAUUACAGCACUGGCUUCUUUAAAGGUAGUUUUUACCACUUUGCCAAAGGAUCAGAAUGUCAUUAGCAUCUCCAAAAGACAAGAUCCUAACAUGAGAAUUUUCUGGUAUUUCAAAGAAGAGCCUUGGCCCAAGAAUGAAGCACCACUGUGGUUUAAUAUAGAUUAAUUUUCUGAGCUGAAAUUAGAACCAACUAAAAAUUAGGGCUUUUAAUAAGAUUAACAGGCAGGUAUAUAUUUUAUCCCCCAUAAAUAUAUGCUUUUAAAAUUAAUGGAGUCGUGUAAGGCUCUGUACUCUGUAGGGCGGAAUGGUAAGGCAGUGUAAAUAUUUCCCUCUGAUUGAUCAUGAUGGUCUGACUCUUGACACUGCUUUUUCCUUUGGACUUGAGAUUCUUCUAGCCAUCCCUGGUCUCAUUGUGUACCUAGCAAUGACCUUAAUUUUUUUGAAACAGGAUGAGGUUUUUCAGGUGUAGUGUAGAUGUUCUAGUAACUGUUAAUCUUACAACACAGGCCCAAUUUCCAUGUAAGCAAUAGUAUGCUUCUUUGGGGAGCCAAACUUGGUGGUUUCAGGGGGACUUGAGGGUAGAGAGGAUAUACUGAUUGGUUUAAAGGUUACUAUUACUAGAAAUACAGUUUAUUUUCAUGUUUAUAUUAAAGAUAUCCUCUAAAAUAACUUUUACAGUCUAGCUAUUUUUCUUAGAAUUAAUAGUACCUAGCAUUUGUUUGCCAUGUGUCAUACCUUGUGUUUAAUUAUCAUAACCCCAUGAAGUGGAGUUUACAAGUGAGGAACUUAGAAGAUAAUUGAGGACUACAGUAGCAGUCUUUGUGAAAGAUGUUGAAACUGAACUAAAGCUGUGAUGUUUGGUGAAGAUGAAGAGACAGAUAAACUUUGAGAAGAUAAAAUUGAAGAAUCGAUGGAGCUGAUAACGGACCAGAGAAGGAUCAUGACAGACAAUCUAGGGUAGUUUUGAUUUGGAUAAUUGAGGAGAUAGACUGACUGAGAAGGGCUUACUGGAGAAUUAUGUUGGGAGGAUUGGCUGGGGAAGGAUGAGCUCAGUUUUGGUCACAGUUUUAAGAUGGUUGCAGAAUCUCCAAGUGGAGAACUCUAUUUGGUAUCUAAUGGGACAUGUAGAUCUAGAGUUUGGGAAAAGUCUAAACUCAGGACAUAUAUUAAUUUAGUUAUAGGAAGGCUUAGAAGAGAUCACCACCCUGGGAUUUACAAAAUGAGAGGGUAGGGAAGAGUUGUGAGGAACACUGUCAUUUAAGAAUCUCACAGAAGAACACCUGAGAAUGCACAUGCAAGGGAAGAGCCGGAAGAGAGUGGUAGAAACCAGGACUCGGAGAACGCGCAACCUCGUUACACCACAAGUGAAGGCUGAAGAGGGACGUUAGAGAAAGAGGGACGUCAGAGAAAGAGCAGUUUCUACGCAGCGGUGGAGGCACUGGUGCAUGCAACUAUGAAGCCAUAAAGCCAGAAGAAACUCUGAGAAGCCAUCUGUCCCAGGUACAACUGUUUUAGGAUUAUUUCAAGUAUUUUAUUUGCCCUAUGUAGUAAAUAUUAUUGGAGUAUUGCACAAACCAUGGGUUUCUUGGUAUCAUCUGCAUCAGGCCCUUUCAACAAAACAGGAACAAUUGAAUUACAUUCAUAUCUAAAUCAACCUGCUUCAGAACGCACAUACCUCUUUGCCAAAAAUUUUGCUGUACUAAAAUCAAGGAAUAUUUUUAAAGCACAUGUAAGGUAGGUCCUCUUUGAAUGUGAGUUAAAAAUGGGGUUUAAAGGAAUUGUUCAAGAUAUAUUUAAAACAUCAUAAGCUAUAUGAAAACCAAAAGAUCUGAAAUCAUUCUCCAAUUAGUACAUUGCUUUUUUUCCACUAGCUGUAAACUCCUUGUUGUCACAAACUAAUAAAGCUGGUGAGUUAACACUAUUUGUUUUAGAUAAAUGCAGGCUUAGUAGGUCCCUCAGUUUCAGGCCACCAAUAAGACAUUGAUUCAAGUAAAAAUGGCCAUUUUAAGUGGGGAUAGAGUGUUACACAUGGGCUAAUGAAAAAAUGCCAAGAGAUUUAGUGCUGAGAACUGCAGUAAUUUAAGAGUAAACUUCUAAUAGACUUAGUAGUUCCAGAAUAUUUUCUAAAAAUCUGUUUUCGAUUAAAAUUUGUAGUAAGAAAUCUGUAAAAACUUAAGACCCCCUGGUAAUUUUAAUGAGUCAGAGACUUAAUGGAAUCUUCCUUACUCCUCACACACACAAAAUCACCAGUAAAACAGCCUCUUUAUGGUUGUUUCCCAUUCCAGCACUUUCUGGGGUGGUGUCAGUAUAAGGCAGCUAAUGUUCAUUCCGUGUAUCUCUGAAGGGAAAUGAACUAGGUCCACUCCACGUGGAACCUUAGCCUGCCAGACUUUCGCUUUGCUAGGGGUGAAUGCUGACACCUUCCUAACAGGCUCAGCUACUGAGUCAGAUUCUCCUUGUUCAAGAUUAAUCACUUCUUAUUCUCACAGGCAUGAUGUGCUUAAGAGACUGGAAACAUUUUUAAAGAAUGAAGAAAGCGAAAGAACUUAAACCAGGAGAAGCUGCAUAAAUAUACACAAUGCCUGCCCUGCAUUUACUAAUUUGUUUGUUCAGUUUAAAUAGUAAACUUUUAACUCCUGUGGAAAUUUUGCCAAAAGUUUCAAUACAUAUAAGAUUAUAAAUCUUAAACUAACACUGCACAGAGAAAGACAAAGCUACUUCUUUUUUUUUAAAUACAGAUAUCUUCUACAUUCUAUCAUUUCAGACCCCUGAGUAAUACUGUACCAAAGUACAGAUCUGAAGAGAAACUGAGGGUUCAGGCCUCAGACAUUAAUCUUCAGUUAAUUCCACACCAGCGGUGUGAGUCUCAUGUAACACAUUCAGGCUAGCUAAUGCUGAGAGUCAAUUUUCCCCCGACACAGCACAGUAGAAAAAACGAUGCAGUCUCCAUGUUGCUUCUCCAAAGCAUUUGCUCCUCAGGCUCCCACGGGCAGACCACGUCUUAAGUAAUUGCAUAACUACCUAGGGUGAACUUUAACCUGAAUUUAAGGUCCUGAAAUUGAAACUGAAGGAGAAUGAUGCCCCCAAAGGCCCGGGUCAGGUUGGGGGUGGGGUGGUUCUUUGGAGAACAGACAAAUAUGUUGCACUUUGUUCCACAGUGAUUGUACUUUAAAGGAAAAAAAAUCCCAAAUAAUUGUUUCUGCCCCACCCCACCUAGGCAUCCCUUUGCUAGUUUUGGUCUCUUCGAAAGCUCAUACAUGACGUCCAGUGAGAAAGUAGAGGGGCUUGUCAUCACUGCUGUUAGCAGUUUGGAACUCGUCCCGGAGGCGAAACUGCCACUCAUCCUCUAGCUCUAAGCGGACAAUUGUUUGGCGUAAGGAACUUCUGUCUUGGCAAAUGACACACAGGGUAGCACCUUCAGGAAGAAAGCAGAAAUGUGUCUCAGGCUCAGGGACUGAAAUGAUAAAGAACCAUACCACCUCUCCCUCUGAUUAUAUCCCCUAACACAUGUGGGACCAACGUCCAGGUGAGUAACCUAUCUGAACUGUUCACUUUAUAGUGUAUUUUGAAUAAGCAGUAUUUUAACAAAUUAAAAAGUUUAGAAGAGCGUAAAGUAAAAAGCCUUCCAACCCCAUCACCCCUCCCCUGUGCUCAUGUUAAAACCCAGGCGGUAACAUUUCCCGUGUCCCUCCACAGCGUCCUUGGCUUCUACCCACUCUGUGCCAGCAGCAUCCCACCCUGGGACAACCUAAAUGGUCCCCUGGGAUGCACCCUUCCCUCCAACACCCGCCCCAGACUGCUCCAGAUACAUUUUAGACACAUAUCAAUAAACACGGUUUGGCCUGUCCUCGAAAGAGUGGUAGCAUGCUCUACACAAUAUGCUGAACCUUUCUUUUUUCACCGACCUUAGAGGUCAUCUUGUUGAGAUUAUUUGUGAUGCUUAAUCUGCAGAUUGUUCUUAGGCAAAGCUAGUAACUGUUUGUAUGGUGCAUACUUGUUGAAGCGACUUUACCUUCUGUACCAGAAUCAUAAUAGGAUCGUAAAUCAUUAACCUGAUUUUUUUAAUUAAAAUUAGAUUAUAUGAGAAGCA